GAGGCUAGUUACCACGUCAGUGAGCUGACAGGGAGGGUAGCCGGCUCCACUAUCCGGCCCGGCCGACCCAUUCUGACCAGCUGUGCGGGUCCACCCGGACUUCAGCCUUCGCUUCCUGAAAACAGGCUCCUUUCCUCCUCCAUUUGCCAUCCGAGCCGGGGGAGCCGCCGGGAGCCGCCUCUGGGGCGCAGCUGACAUGAGCCGCGGCCGCGGGUCCUGGGACUAGGCCCCGCCAUCUUGGAUCCGCUGACAGGUUUGUCAGGAUGGUGGAUAAGAAUAUUUACAUCAUUCAAGGGGAGAUUAACAUUGUGGUUGGGGCUAUCAAACGAAAUGCCCGAUGGAGCACCCAUACACCAUUGGAUGAAGAACGGGACCCUCUUCUGCAUAGUUUCAGUCAUCUAAAGGAGGUUUUAAACAAUAUAACAGAACUCUCAGAGAUUGAACCCAAUGUGUUCCUUCGACCAUUUCUAGAAGUGAUUCGUUCUGAAGAUACCACUGGCCCCAUCACUGGACUGGCACUCACCUCCGUCAAUAAAUUCCUGUCCUCUGCACUCAUAGAUCCCACUCAUGAGGGCACAGCAGAGGGCAUGGAGAACAUGGCAGAUGCUGUCACCCAUGCCCGCUUUGUGGGCACAGAUCCUGCUAGUGAUGAAGUUGUCCUGAUGAAAAUCCUUCAGGUUCUCCGGACUCUGUUGCUGACCUCAGUGGGUGCCCACCUGACCAAUGAAUCUGUGUGUGAGAUUAUGCAAUCUUGCUUCCGGAUCUGCUUUGAAAUGAGGCUCAGUGAGUUAUUGAGAAAAUCCGCAGAGCACACUCUCGUAGACAUGGUGCAGCUGCUCUUCACAAGGUUACCUCAGUUUAAAGAAGAACCCAAGAACUGUAUGGGGACCAGCAUGAAGAAGAUUUCUCCAUGUCUCCUCAACAAACUGGAACUAAAUAGUGAGGAGCAGACCAAAGCCCUGAACCAGUUAGAGAGGGUACUGCUCUUUAAGAACCUCAAGCUGAAAAUGAGAGCUGGAGGCAUGAGUGACUCGUCCAAGUGGAAGAAACAGAAGAGAUCUCCCCGGCCUCCACGUCAUAUGACCAAAGUCACACCAAGUUCAGAGCUGCCCACCUCCAAUGGGACCUCCUUAUCCUCUAACCUCACUGGUGGCAUGCCCUUCAUGGAUGCACCCACACCCAUCUCAUCGGGAAGUUCAGAACCUGCCUCAGCAGUAAUCAGUCCCUCCACAGACAGUGGCCUGGAUUUCUCCUCCCAGACGACAUCCAAGGAAGACCUCACUGACUUGGAACCACCUGGCUCUCUAGUGUACCACACAGCUUCAGAGCCUGGCGGCAGUGAGCCGGAAGUUCCAGAGCAGCCUGACCCCCAGCAGGAGGGGACCCCCAUGGAAAAGGCCCAAACACCAUCAGGAGAAUCCAUUCCUGAAGUACUAGAGGAGUGUGCAUCCCCUGCUGACCACUCUGACUCGGCCUCCGUUCAUGAUAUGGAUUAUGUCAAUCCCCGAGGUGUGCGCUUUACACAGUCUUCCCAGCAGGAAGGCACAGCUUUGGUUCCCUAUGGUCUUCCCUGCAUCCGUGAGCUCUUUCGCUUCCUUAUCUCCCUCACUAAUCCACACGACCGCCACAACUCAGAGGUCAUGAUCCACAUGGGACUGCAUUUGUUGACAGUGGCCCUUGAGUCAGCCCCUGUAGCCCAGUGCCAGACCCUCUUGGGCCUUAUCAAGGACGAGAUGUGCCGCCACUUAUUCCAGCUACUCAGCGUAGAACGGCUGAACCUCUAUGCUGCUUCCCUAAGAGUAUGCUUCCUACUGUUUGAGAGUAUGAGGGAGCACCUCAAGUUCCAAUUAGAGAUGUACAUAAAAAAACUCAUGGAGAUCAUCACUGUGGAAAACCCCAAGAUGCCUUAUGAGAUGAAGGAGAUGGCACUGGAGGCCAUUGUGCAGCUGUGGCGAAUACCCAGCUUUGUGACUGAGCUCUACAUCAACUAUGAUUGUGACUACUACUGUUCCAACCUCUUUGAGGAACUCACCAAACUGCUGUCCAAGAAUGCCUUCCCUGUGUCAGGUCAGCUCUAUACAACACACCUGCUAUCUCUUGAUGCCCUACUGACAGUGAUUGACAGCACUGAGGCCCACUGCCAAGCCAAAGUCCUCAACAACCUCACCCAGCAGGAGAAGAAAGAGACAGCUAGGCCUGGCUAUGAGGCAGUAGAGGGUACUCGAGAAGCUAGCAAUGAUGAGAGAGCAGGCAGUGAUGGGAAAGCCACAGGGCUGGCAUCAGAAGUCCCAGGCCUUCAUCUGCCUGGUGGAGGGUGGCUGCCAGCAGAACAUGGGAAGCCAGGAUGUGGUGAUCUGGAAGAAGCUGGUAACUCUUGGGCUGACAAAAAGUUUACCCGGAAGCCACCUCGAUUUUCCUGUCUCCUGCCAGAUCCACUGGAACUAAUUGAAAUUAAAAACAAAAAAAAGCUACUAAUUACUGGCACAGAACAGUUCAACCAGAAACCAAAGAAAGGGAUCCAGUUUCUACAGGAGAAAGGUCUCCUCACCAUCCCAAUGGAUAACACAGAGGUAGCCCAAUGGCUCCGAGAGAACCCUCGGCUGGAUAAGAAAAUGAUUGGAGAGUUUGUGAGUGACCGCAAAAACAUUGACCUAUUGGAAAGUUUUGUGAGCACCUUCAGCUUUCAGGGUCUUCGGCUUGAUGAAGCUCUCCGCCUCUACCUGGAAGCCUUCCGUUUGCCUGGGGAAGCACCAGUCAUCCAUAGGUUACUGGAGGCAUUCACGGAGCACUGGAGGAAUUGUAAUGGCUCCCCAUUUGCUGAUAGUGAUGCCUGCUUUGCCCUGGCCUAUGCUGUCAUUAUGCUUAACACCGACCAGCAUAACCACAAUGUUCGCAAACAGAAUGUACCCAUGACCCUGGAGGAGUUUCGUAAAAACCUAAAAGGUGUGAACGGAGGCAAAGACUUUGAGCAAGACAUCCUGGAGGACAUGUACCAUGCCAUCAAGAAUGAGGAGAUUGUGAUGCCUGAGGAGCAGACAGGCUUGGUUCGGGAGAACUACGUCUGGAAUGUGCUGCUUCAUCGAGGUGCCACCCCUGAAGGCGUAUUCCUACAUGUGCCUCCUGGCAGCUACGAUCUUGACCUCUUCACUAUGACUUGGGGCCCCACCAUUGCUGCUCUCUCUUAUGUCUUUGACAAAAGCCUUGAGGAGACAAUCAUCCAGAAAGCCAUCUCAGGCUUCAGGAAGUGUGCCAUGAUCUCUGCCCACUAUGGCCUCAGCGAUGUAUUUGACAAUCUCAUCAUCUCUCUGUGCAAAUUCACAGCUCUCAGCAGUGAGUCUAUUGAGAACCUACCCAGUGUAUUUGGAAGCAACCCUAAAGCCCACAUUGCGGCCAAAACAGUAUUCCACCUGGCCCAUCGUCAUGGUGACAUCCUGCGGGAGGGCUGGAAGAAUAUCAUGGAGGCCAUGCUACAGCUCUUCCGAGCUCAGCUGCUGCCCAAGGCUAUGGUGGAGGUAGAAGAUUUUGUAGAUCCCAGUGGCAAGAUUUCUCUCCAGCGAGAAGAGACACCGUCAAACCGAGGAGAGUCGACAGUACUAAGCUUCGUGAGCUGGCUGACCCUGAGUGGUCCUGAGCAGUCUAGCAUGCGGGGCCCAUCCACUGAGAACCAAGAGGCCAGGAGAGCAGCCUUGGACUGUAUCAAGCAAUGUGACCCAGAAAAGAUGAUCACAGAGAGCAAAUUCCUCCAGCUGGAGUCCCUGCAGGAGCUCAUGAAGGCUCUGAUCUCAGUGACACCAGAUGAAGAGACAUAUGACGAGGAAGAUGCUGCUUUCUGUCUGGAGAUGCUACUAAGGAUUGUGUUGGAGAACAGAGACCGUGUGGGCUGUGUGUGGCAGACUGUUCGAGACCAUCUCUACCACCUCUGUGUCCAAGCACAAGAUUUCUGUUUCCUCGUGGAGAGGGCAGUGGUAGGGUUGCUGCGUCUGGCCAUUCGGCUGCUCCGGAGAGAAGAGAUCAGUGGCCAGGUGCUGCUCUCCCUGCGCGUCCUGCUGCUAAUGAAGCCCAGCGUGCUGUCCAGAGUUAGCCACCAGGUUGCGUAUGGGCUCCAUGAACUCCUGAAGACCAACGCAGCCAACAUCCACUCGGGGAAUGACUGGGCCACCCUUUUCACUCUGCUGGAGUGCAUUGGCUCAGGCGUGAAGCCUCCAGCCGCCCUGCAGGCCACGGUCAGGGCAGACGUACCUGAUUCUGGGGCACAGUCAGACAGUGAGCUCCCUUCCUACCAUCAAACUGACAUGAGCCUGGACCGAGGGUACACUUCUGACUCGGAGGUCUACACUGACCACGGCAGGCCUGGCAAGAUACACCGCUCUGCCACAGACGCUGAUGUCGUCAGCAGUGGUUGGUUGGUGGUGGGGAAGGAUGACAUAGAUAACUCCAAGCCAGGGCUGGGGCCCAGCUGGCCAGGCCCUUCACCCCUGGUCAAUCAGUACAGCCUCACAGUGGGUCUGGACCUGGGCCCGCACGACACCAAGUCCCUGCUCAAGUGUGUGGAAUCACUGUCUUUCAUCGUGCGUGACGCUGCCCACAUCACCCCUGACAACUUUGAGCUCUGCGUCAAGACCCUGCGCAUCUUUGUGGAGGCCAGUCUCAAUGGCGGGUGCAAGUCCCAGGAGAAACGCAGCAAGAGUCACAAAUAUGACAACAAAGCAAGCCGCUUCAAGAAGAAGCCCAAGGAGGGCUCAGUGCUUCGGCGGCCUCGUACUUCCAGCCAGCAUGCCACCCAGGGUGGACACAGCGACGACGAGGAGGAGGAGGGUGUGCCUGCCAGCUACCACACGGUGUCUUUACAGGUCAGUCAGGACUUGCUAGACCUGAUGCACACCCUGCACACACGGGCAGCCUCUAUCUAUAGCUCGUGGGCAGAAGAGCAGCGCCACCUGGAGACAGGAGGCCAGAAGAUUGAGGCGGAUUCCCACACCCUCUGGGCCCACUGCUGGUGCCCUUUACUGCAAGGCAUCGCCUGCCUGUGCUGUGAUGCCCGGCGCCAGGUCCGAAUGCAGGCGCUAACCUAUCUGCAGCGAGCGCUGCUGGUACAUGACCUGCAAAAGCUGGAUGCCCUGGAAUGGGAGUCCUGUUUUAACAAGGUGCUGUUUCCUCUGCUGACCAAGCUCUUAGAGAACAUCAGCCCAGCAGAUGUGGGCGGGAUGGAGGAGACCCGGAUGAGGGCUUCCACACUGCUCUCAAAGGUCUUCCUACAGCACCUGUCUCCACUGCUGUCGCUUUCCACCUUUGCGGCCCUCUGGCUCACCAUCCUGGACUUCAUGGACAAGUACAUGCACGCGGGCUCCAGCGAUUUAUUGGCAGAGGCCAUCCCCGAGUCACUGAAGAAUAUGCUCCUGGUGAUGGACACAGCAGAGAUCUUCCACAGUGCAGAUGCUCGAGGAGGGGGCCCCUCUGCCCUCUGGGAGAUCACGUGGGAGCGCAUUGACUGCUUUCUGCCACACCUGCGUGAUGAGCUCUUCAAGCAAACUGUCAUCCCAGACUCCAUACCCACGGAGCCGCAUGGCCCCAAAUCUCUGGCCUCAGCCCACCUGACUCCUGCUGCUGGCGACCCCUGGACACCUGGCCGUCCGCCUCCCCCGGAGAUACCCUCAGAGAUGGGGACCUGUGACUUGGAAAAGCCCAAGGGCCCCCGAGCCCCUUGCAGCAGCCCCCCCGGAUCACCAGUGGCUCCAGGUCCUGCCCCAGAGGGGGCGCCCCCCCUGAUCCUGCAGCCCUUGGCCUCCCCACUGCAGGUAGGCGUGCCACCCAUGACUCUGCCCAUCAUCCUCAAUCCUGCGCUCAUCGAGGCCACCUCUCCGGUGCCCCUCUUAGCUACGCCACGCCCCACAGACCCCAUACCCUCCUCUGAGGUCAACUAAGUCAGGGCCUCCAAGAGGCCGGGCUGUCCCGGGGCCCAACUCCUCAGGCCCAGUCCGAGCUGCUGCUGCUGCUGCUGUCAUAUGGAGAUGGGGAGAGGAGAACUUUUAUAGCCCCUGCGGGAACCCGCCUCAGACUGCAGGACUCCCCUCCGCUGCUCCACUCCUGAGGGUCCAGGAGUGCACUUGUCACCUGUAGCCGCUGCCUCCAGCCUGGCAGCACUGGGGACGCAUCACUGUGCCAGCCCUGCAGUGCCCAGCUCAGGUGUUGAGAGCCAAGCCCAACCACUCUGCACUUUGCUCCCUCUCCCGCCCGCCCCAUGAGCCGAGGCCUCUCCUCCAGGGCUUCCUGCAGAGGUGACCGCAGGUGGGGCCUGGCGGUUGUAAAGGAGUGUGUACAUACAGAAAACCAUGGCAAUGAUGGACUUCUUAUGCUGUAAUAAAUGUCCAAGUACGACACCA